AGCCCAUAGUAGCUAAAAGACCACUGAUUUAUCACUCCUUAGUUUUCUCCCCUUAACUCCUUAGUCCCAAACUCUAAAUAUCAUUUCCAGUACUCUCAAAUCUACUACUAGGGACUAGCAAUCCAAAAUUUCAGAAAAGCAAAAGCAAGAUUUCAUAUAUCAAAACUCAAGUAGAAAAAAGAGUUUUUAGAAAGAAAACCAAAUAGCAUGAGUUCAAGCAGGAGAGCAUGGAUAGUAGCAGCCAGUGUUGGAGCAGUGGAAGCUUUAAAAGAUCAAGGUUUCUGUAGAUGGAAUUACCCUUUGAGGUCCUUUGCUCAGCACGCAAAGAAUAAUAUGAGAUCUUACUCUCAAGCUAAGAAGUUUUCUUCUACUUCUUCCUCGUCAUUGAUUGCAAGAAGCGAGAAGGCAAAGCAAUCUGAAGAGUCUUUGAGGAAAGUUAUGUACUUGAGCUAUUGGGGUCCUAACUGAUCGUCAUUUUUACAGAGACCUGAAGAUUUUCAAGUUGAAAAAGGAAAAAAAAAAAAAGGAAUAUGAUGUAGAAAAUGACUGUAAAUAGAAUAUAAAGGCAUGCGACCUUACGAUUAUAUGUAAAUUAUCUAUGAAUUACUAUGAAAAUUUUGAUGUCUUUAUGUUUUGAUG